UUUGUACCUACAGUCACCUCCAUCAUAACGUCUCGUUGCGCAGGCGCCAGAUAUUGCUUUGUUUUAGUAUUCAGGACUGUUCCAACAUCUCUCCAAGAAAACAUCAACUUUUCGCCUCCGAUCUCGUCUGCUCACCUACCCCACUUUUGACAUCGCCGUGACUUUCUUGCCAUUUUCGCCAUCGACGAAUUCACACAUCUCACCACAUCCUCCUCACCAGCGUCCAGCGCAACAACCACAAAAGCACCACAGGAUGGCCUCCACACUACCAAUACCCGACAUCAAAGUCAUAGGCCCCUCGUUUAUCCAAAUGGACUCUCGGAAUGCCGACAAGCCACCACCAACCGACUUCAACCACCCAUACACUCCCUACCCUAUCCAAAUAACCUUUAUGCAAACUCUGUAUUCUGUUCUCGAUCGAACCGUUGCCGUUCCCCUCACGAACACCACCGCUCCUCCCGCCACUUUCUCAUCAACCGCCGCCACCCUUAUCCCCAGCAACCCCUCCCUUCCUACAACGUCCCCAUCCCCACCCCCAUUAUUUAACCCUACCACCGCCCCUACCGUCCACAUCAACAGCGCCACUGAAACGUCCCCAUCCGUCACCUCUAAAACCGCUACCAGCAAAGAUAAAGACAAAGGUCCCAGCAGCAGUUCCCCCAAGGGUCAUGCACAAAUCGCCCUCUUCGAAUCCCCCACCGGCACCGGCAAGUCGUUGUCAUUAAUCUGCGCCUCCCUAACCUGGCUGCGUAACCACAAGCGGUUGCAAUUUGAGUCUGAGAUCAAGAAGAUAAAGCAGCAAAUGGAGGAAUCGGGAGAACCGGGGUGGAUGGUGGAGAGUGCUUUGAAAAGGAAACGCGAGGAGCUGGCGCAGAGGUAUGAAGAGAUGGAAAGGACGUUGGAGAGAAUAAGGGAAAGGGAAAGGGAGAUGGAGGAGGAAGGGGAGGAAGGGCAAGCAAGGGGUGGGAAGAGGAGGAAGUUGGACAGGGGAAAAGGGGAUGGAGAAGAAGGGGGGAAGAAGAAGGGGAGCGGGGGGAGCGGCGGGAGUAGAGGGUUGACGGCAAGCGAUGAGGAUAAGGAAUUUUUGAUUGAGGAUUGGAAAGAUGAAGGGGGGAUGGAUGAGAAUGAUCCGAUGGGUCAGUUAAGUAAGGAAACGAGAGAGCUCUUGGAGAAGGUGGGGAUGGGGACUGCGGGAGGGAAGAAGGGAGGAGACGAGGAGCCAGUGGCUGAGGAGGGGAUUAAGAUCUUCUACACCUCGAGGACGCAUUCGCAGUUGACGCAGUUUAUUCAGGAGUUGAGGAGGCCGGAGUUCCCUGCUUCUGUUCCAACACCCGCUGCUCAAGAAGAACCAGCAAAAGAAAUCGUGAAGCAGAUUCCGCUUUCCUCACGGCAAAAACUCUGCAUCAAUCCCUCCGUCAACAAACUUGGCACCCUCGCCGCGAUCAACGAACGGUGUCAAUCCCUACAACAAUCGAAAACACCCAAAGAACAACGAUGUCCAUACCUACCCAACGCCUCGAACCUCAAAGCCACCCACCAGUUCCGCGACACCGCUCUUGCCACGCUACCGGACAUCGAAGAUCUCUACCAGACCGGCAAGCAGCUACAAAUCUGUCCUUACUACGCCUCCCGCUCUGCCAUCCCCGGGGCUGAGGUGAUCACUCUACCAUACCCUCUCCUCCUACAGAAAAGCGCCCGUGAGGCGUUGGGCAUCAAACUCGAAGGAAACAUUGUGAUUAUAGACGAGGCGCACAACAUUAUGGACGCCGUAUCUAACGUGCAUGCAGCUGAGAUCAAGUACACCGACCUCAAAAGAGCGAAACUGUCACUGGGUAUGUAUUACCAACGGUUUCAACAGAAAUUAAAAGGAGAAAACAAGGUCAUGAUUGCUCAGCUACAAAGGGUCGUGGAAGCUUUGGGGGUAUACAUCAAAUCAAGACUGGACAAGGCUGCUAAGGGGCUAAAGGAAGACCAGGAAGGACUCGUGGUCGAUCCUAACCUUUUAUUGAAGACGGGUGGCGCGGAUCAGAUCAACUUGUACAGGUUGAUCAGGUAUGUUCAGGAGAGCAAGUUGGCUUUUAAGAUCGAGGGGUAUGUCAGUUAUUGCGAGGAAGAAAGUCGGGACACAGAUGAUGAGGAAGCCGAGAAGGAGAUAAAGAAGAGGGAGGGCAGACCACCAGUACUCCACACUCUGUGCUCGUUCUUGACGGCGUUGACGAAUCUGAGCUCGGAGGGGAAGAUCUUCUAUGAGAAGAUACCUCCACCUAGGGGCGAAAUGCAGGAUAUGAAGCUCAGUUACAUGCUGCUCUCGCCGACACACGCCUUCUCGUCGAUUGCGGAGAGCGCAAGGGCGGUUAUUCUGGCUGGUGGAACGAUGUCCCCUUUCGAGGACUACAAAGCACAUCUGUUCCCGGACGUACCGCCAGAGAAGAUCACAACACUCAGCUGCGGCCAUGUCAUCCCCAAAGAGAACCUCUGCGUCUGGACGCUCGGUUCCAUCGCCCCCAACCCAAAAGUGGACACCGGAAUCGGCGAGGACUGCUUCGACUUCACCUUUUCCAAGCGCAGCAACCCGAACAUGAUCAACCGCCUCGGCUUGGUGCUACUCAAUCUCUGCUCUGUCGUACCGGACGGCGUCGUCGCCUUCUUCCCCUCUUACGGCUACCUGGAAGAAGUCAUCAGAGUUUGGAAAACGCCCGACCAAGCCAUGGGCCCCAAAACCAUCUGGGAGCGACUCGAAAACAAGAAAGCCAUGUUCAUGGACUCCAAAACCGAGUCGAGCGAGCAGACCCUCCAAAAGUACAGCGACGUCAUCCAUUCCGAAGUCCGUCCCCUAUCGCCGUCAGGGACUCGGGUAAAGGGCGCCAUGUUGCUGUCGGUAGUAGGCGGCAAGAUGUCCGAAGGCAUCAACUUCUCCGACCGGCUGGGCCGGUGCGUCAUCGUCAUCGGCCUGCCUUAUCCCAACGCUCACUCCCCCGAAUGGAUAGCGCGCAGGGAAUACCUUGAAGCAAACUUUAUCGAGCGCUAUUCCGCCUCUCAGCCCACCACCACCGCACCCCCUCCCGCCCCGGUUAUCCCACCCCCGUCCAACACUAACCAUUCCACCAACCCUUCGUCCAGAAACAAAGAUAAACACAAGCCCCCCAACAUCCUCAAACUCGCCGCUCGUGCCUCCAACCUCUUCUACGAAAACGCUACGCUUCGCGCCGUCAACCAGUCGAUAGGAAGAGCGAUCCGGCAUCAGAACGACUAUGCGGCUAUUGUCCUGAUAGACCAUAGGUAUGAGAGGGAGCAUGUGAGGGCGAAGUUGCCGGGGUGGAUCAGAGAGGGGUGGGAGGAGACGCAGAAGCAGGCGAAGGAGGAUGGGAAGGCGCUGAAGGGGUUGCAGGGGAUGAUGGGGAGGGUUAAUUUGUUUUUUAGGGGCAAGAGUUAG